GCUUUUCCUCAUUGAGACGGAAGAGGAGGCUCUGUGCAGCGGCUGGGCAUCAUCAACAUGCCUACAGCUGUGAUCAUGGAGGACAACUAUGAGAAACUAUUAGAGCAGUGUGAAGCCCAGGAACUCGAGGCACCAGGGGGCAUCGCAACACCUCAAGUCUACGCUCAGCUGCUGGCUCUAUAUUUACUCCACAAUGACAUGAAUAAUGCAAGGUACCUCUGGAAACGGAUUCCCCAAGCAAUAAAAUCGGCUAACCCAGAGUUGGCGGCCAUCUGGGCAGUGGGCCAGCACAUUUGGCAGAGAGACUUCCCGGGGAUUUACACAGCCAUCGCAGCUCAUCAGUGGUCAGAGAACAUCCUGCCAGUGAUGGAGGCCCUACGAGAAAGCACAAGGCAAAGAGCAUACGGUUUAGUGGCCCAAGCCUACACGUCCAUCUCUGCAGAAGACUUCGCUGCUUUUGUGGGCUACUCUGUGGAGGAGGCGGUAAAAGGUGUCGUGAGUCAAGGCUGGCAGGCUGACCCGGCCACUAGGAUGGUGAUGCCCAAAAAGCCAGACCCUCCCCCGGUGUCCCUUGUUCCAAAUGAGCAGCAGUUGGCCAGACUCACUGACUACGUGGCUUUCUUGGAGAACUGAUAAACCAUCAAAUCCCUAAAGACCGAUGUCACCGUCUUCAGCCCAAUCCCGACUUUUCUCAACAAGGAAUAUUAACCAAAAUGUCAGCGGUCAGUUGUUGCAUGUUGGUCACGAGCUCCAAAACCCUCAGCCUACUUUAUCUUUACACUGCAGUUUACCUCCAACUUCACAUUUAGAUCUGAUUUCAAAUUAUCAAAUGUUUUUAUUGUCCCCACAGUCAGUACUUCUCAUAGUUCAAUGCUGAGGUCCAGUCUUGAUUACGCACUUAGAAGUUGAGUGAGUUUUGUCAGGUAAACUUUCUGAGCCUGCAUGCGUCGCUUUUGUCAGACCUCAUUUUUGACGUUUCUGUUUUUGAAUGAUGAAUAAAUAUUUUGCUGUUUCUAA